AUGUCGCCAAUCCCUCAUGUUUCUAUAAAUGCUGCAUUCCGUUCAUCUAGGCAUAAUGAAGCCUACAUCUUCAUGAACAAUUUGUAUGUAGUGCUGAAUUAUGGUCCGGGAUCCACAACUGAUAAAGUUCUGAAUGGUGGGCGACUACUUCGUAUUUCUGAUGGGUUUCUAUCACUUGCUGGUACUCCAUUUGGAGAACAUGGUAUAGAUUGCGCCUUUGACACUGAUCGCAACGAGGCCUACAUCUUCUCCGGGAACCUUUGUGCCUACAUAGACUAUGCUCCAGGAACCAGAGGUGAUGACAAAAUACUCAAAGGUCCCUUGUCAAUCUCUGACAUCUUUCCUUGCUUGAAGAGUACAGUGUUUGAGAAAGGGAUAGAUGCUGCAUUCAGGUCAACUAAGAGCAAUAAAGCUUACAUUUUCAGAGGAGGCCACUAUGGUGUUCUAAACUAUGCUUCCAACACUGUGAACAUAGAUACCAUUAGAAAUUCAUGGUAUUCUUUGGCAGGCACAGUCUUUGAAAGUGGAAUUGAAGCAGCUUUUGCUUCUCAUGUGCCCAAUCGAGCUUACAUCUUCAAAGGAGACCACUAUGCGGCUAUCAAUUUUGUUCCAGGCACACAUGAUGGUGAUGACUACAUGGUCGGUGGUGAUACUAGGCUUAUCUCUGAUUAUUGGCCCGGUAUUGGAGGCGUAUUGGCAAGGAAGAAUGGCAUAAGGAGAGCUUGA